CUAUCUACACCGCCACCGCCACCGUCUCCUUCUCCACCCCUACAUAUUGCCGUUGUCUCACACUGGCACACACAUUCAUAUCGGAUAAUUAGCUCCCCUCGACUGACAACUAGCUACCAAACCACCACCAGUCGGUGCUUUGUUUACAGGAGAGCAGCGGGCAAACAGCCGGACAACAGCAAACAUUCAGGCAGCACACACGUUCUUGUUGGAGUUUGUGUGAAGAUCAAGGUCACUAGAAAUCUACAAUGGGGGUCAUGUUCUCCUGCCCCGCCGAUGACUAUGACCCGAUGGAGGAAGGCGCCCUCGCGCCGGCGGACGGCGGGGAGCCGACGGUCCUCAGGGCCUUGGGCUCCGGGAAGCUGCUCAUACAGGGGUCGCUCAGCUUCAAGAGGGAGCAGCAGCUGGACGACAGCCCGGGCUCUCUCCAGCUGGAGACCGAGAUCUCCAUCAGGACAGCCGGCGACAUUGCCGGCGCCGAGGACGAGGCCGAGGCGCCGCCGCCGCUUGCGCCGCGGGAGCUCGCCAGGCUGAGGGCGGGGGCGGAGAGCCCGAGGCACGAUGCUGCGGCGCUCAGGCUGCAGAAGGUGUACAAGAGCUUCCGCACGCGGCGGCAGCUCGCCGACUGCGCCGUGCUGGUGGAGCAGAGCUGGUGGAAGCUGCUGGACUUCGCGCUCCUCAACCGCAGCUCCGUCUCCUUCUUCGACAUCGAGAAGCAGGAGACGGCCGUGUCCAAAUGGUCCAGGGCCAGAUCCCGAGCUGCCAAGAUUGACCCGCGCCACCGCUACGGCCACAACCUGCACUACUACUAUGAUUGCUGGCUCCACAGCGAAAGCAAGCAGCCUUUCUUCUACUGGCUUGAUGUUGGAGAAGGCAAAGAGAUCAAUCUUGAAGGCAAGUGCUCCCGGUCCAAGCUUCUGAGCCAGUGCAUCAAGUACCUCGGCCCGAAGGAAAGAGAGGACUAUGAGGUUGUAAUUGAGGACAGCAAGUUCUUGUACAAGAAGAGCCGGCAAAUAAUCGACACGUCCUUCGGUCCGAGAGAUGCAAAGUGGAUCUUUGUUCUUAGCACAGCUAAGACCUUGUAUGUUGGUCAGAAGAAGAAAGGUAAAUUUCAGCAUUCUAGCUUUCUUGCUGGGGGAGCUACUUCGGCUGCUGGGAGACUGGUUGCUGAAAAUGGAACCCUCAAGGCUAUUUGGCCUCACAGUGGUCACUACCGCCCUACAGAGGAGAACUUCCAGGAGUUCAAAAGCUUCCUCAAUGACAACUUGGUUGAUCUCACUGACGUGAAGAUGAGCCCAGCAGAGGAGGACGAGGAAUUCUGGGGCAGCCUCAAGAGGAUCGCUUCGGAGAACGACAAAUCUGAAGAUGGCCCUGCUGCACCUGAAGAAACCGGCUCUCUUCAGACAGCUCAGGUCGUUCAAACGACAUCUACAGAGACAGAAAAACGCGAGGAACCGGUGGUGGCGCGCGAGAAGAUCCUUCAGAGGAUCAACUCCAAGAAGGACAUGAAAUCGUACCAGCUCGGCAAGCAGUUGUCCUUCAAGUGGACGACCGGGGCAGGCCCUCGGAUCGGGUGCGUGCGCGACUACCCUUCGGAGCUCCAGGCGCACGCGCUGGAGCAGAUGAACCUGUCGCCGCGGUGCGCCGCCGGGCCUGCGUGCACCCGGUUCGCCUCGCCGCUGAGGCGAAGCUUCAACAGCAUCGUGACUGUGACAAGGGGGUGUGAGAAUGAGACGUCCACGCCGAGGGGAGCGUUUCGGUCGCCUCUGCAGCAUGGACUGGUUGCAGAUGAGAGGUGAAAUGAGGAGAGUUGCAGUUGCAGCUGCCUGAAGCGUCCCCAGUCAGUCAACUGGAAAUGCAUGCAAAUGUGUGUGAUAGGAAAAAUAAAGUAACAUACAUACUGCCUGCGUAGAUGUAGAUGCGGUAGUGUAGACGUCUUAUGUAUGUUUACAGAGGAAGUACAUUGUUUAGUUGGCGUAUAUUACAGCUGCUUUACAUAGAUAAGCGGACCUACAUGAAAAUUCUUUCAUUCUUUUAUCAUUGAUGAGAACAGCGACUCAAUGAAAUAAUAAGCAUAUGUGUUCGCCUCAUGUUCCAA